UCAGUAUUAUUGCUCAGACAGCAGCCACCAUGGGGAGUUAAGGGGAUACUCGACGGGUUAUUUUCGUUAAUAUUUAAUAUCAGAAAGUUAUCCAUAUGCUGCGUUUUGGGGCAAACAGUUCACGCCAGUAUCCCCAAUGCAGUGGAUUACGGGGACCGGGCUUUCAGAGACGGGUGAAUUGUUUUCCAGCAAAAUCAUUGCAAGAGGCGAAGAUCUGACCUCUGCACUGUGCAACCAGAGACAUGAGUGUUGUCAGAGAAUUACAUGGGAUUGGGUACAGGGGCGGCGGUGGCGGGGUUGUGGCCUCUCUGAGCGGCCCUACCCACUUUACCGAGGAUGCUCCGCGACCCCCGGUUCCUGGUGAGGAGGGAUCUGAUGUGGACCCCCCAGUCCAGUCGGCCAACACCCGUCCUAACGCCCUUUCCCAAACUCUUGGGUAUCCCACUUCAUCCUCAUCCUCUAAAAUGGGGGAUCCAUCAAGUUAUACACCCUCCUCCUCGUCAGCGACCCCGCGUCGCCCUGAUCUGGACUUGGGAUAUGAACCUGAGGGCUCGGCUUCACCAACUCCACCUUACCUGAAGUGGGCCGAGUCACUUCACUCUCUCCUAGAUGACCAGGAAGGCAUCCAGCUGUUCCGAAACUUCCUUUGCCAGGAAGGGUGUGCGGACCUUCUUGACUUCUGGUUUGCUUGCUCGGGGUUCAGGAAGACAAGCCAGGAGAGGAGGGCGAAGCUUGCCAAGGUCAUCUACAGGAAGUACGUUGUGGACGGCGGUGGGAUUGUCUCCAGGCAGAUCAAAGCAGCGACCAAGAGCUUCAUCAGAGACUGUGUUGGAAGGCCACAACCAGACCCUGCCAUGUUUGAACAGGCUCAGACAGAGAUCCAGGCCAUGAUGGAGGAGAACACCUACCCUUUGUUUCUGAAGUCAGAUCUGUACCUGGAGUACACACGGACAGGAGGGGAGAGCCCCAAGCCUAACCCAAGUGAUCAGAGUCCUUCAUCGGGUCUAGCAAAACCUGUGCCUGGGUACUUACCCACACUUGCUGAGGAUGAGGAGUGGAGGUGCGGAGGAGGAGGUGUGAGGGAUGUGGAGGAAGAGAAAGAUGAAGACGAGUGUGGAGACACACCAGCUAGUAGGCUGACUCAGAGCCUGCUGAUGCAGACAGCACCGCAGAGAGCCACGACGAACAGGAGGAAGCCGGACAGCAGGGAGUACAGAACAUGGCGGGAGCCGGUAAACCCGUACUACGCAAACAUGGGCUAUGCUCGUGCUCCAGCGACCAGUGCCAAUGACAGUGAGCAGCAGAGCAUGUCUAGCGAUGCGGACACACUGUCACUCCCCGACAGCAGCGUAGAUGGUAUUCCUCCAUACAGAUAUCGGAAGCAGCAUCGUAAAGAGAUGCAUGAAAGUGCCAAAGCUAAUGGACGUGUGCCCCUACCUCAUAUACCUCGCACGUAUCGCAUGCCAAAGGACAUCCAUGUACAGCCUGAGAGGUUUGCUGCGGAGCUUAUCAGCAAGUUAGAGACGGUUCUCAGAGAGAGGGAGGCUCAGGAAAGACUUGAAGAGAGGCUGAAGAGAGUACGACUGGAAGAAGAGGGUGAUGAUGCUGACGUCUCCGUGACAACCUCCAUGUCUUCUCAUAGCAUACCACUUACCCUCCCCUCAUCAUUUCAACCUCUCUACGGCGCCCGUUACUCAGAGACCACUGCUAACACAGCAACGGUGGCCACAUAUGGCGGCCUUGUUGCCAUGGAGGAUCCCCUUGAUGACGACCCAGAAUCUAUCCUGGAUGAGCAUGUGCAGCGUGUGAUGAAAACGCCAGGCUGCCAGUCGCCAGGGGCAACCAACAGCACCUUAGGAGGAGGUCGACAUUCUCCUCCCAAAUCAUCACGUUCGCCUGAUGGGGGGAUUGGCCCUCCUCACUUCCCCCCUCACAGAGGGGGAGUUCACACUCUGCCUGUUCCCGGGGUCAAAAGUAUGCAUCACCACAAACCGUUGUACCACCACAGAGGAAGAGAAGGGCAGGAGGAGGCCGGCUCUAGGUCCCAGGCCAAUAUCUUAUGGAAUGGAGACCCAGCCAGCCAGUAUGCAGGGAGAAGUCGUAACUACGCCGAUGGAGCGGGAGCCAGCACGCUGGAGGGCAUGGGUUACAGUAGUAAAGGCAGCACACUAUCUCGGCGAGGUUGUAAGAAGUCGUCAGAGACACCUGGGAAAGUGGAUGAUAGUGGGCGAGGCAUGGAGGGCCAGGUACCACUGGAUGAUCUGGAGAGAAAUCAGAAGAUCCUGCAGUGGAUGAUGGAAGGAGAUAGACAAAGGAAGAGCUCACAUGGCGGCAGCACCAGCAGCUCCAGGAGGACAGGGGCCAGCAGCGAAUCACCGCGUCCAACAUCAGUGGAGCGACCUGGAGCUGUGCACCCCUGGGUCUCUGCACAGCUGCGUAACAACCCCUCCUCCGUGUCCCCGGCCCUCCCUGGCUCUGUGUCCACACAGGUCCAGCCCUCUCACCCAUUCAUCCAGGAUCCAGCUAUGCCACCCAACCCGGCUCCCAACCCGCUCACCCAGCUAGAGGAGGCUAGGAGGAGGCUUGAGGAGGAGAGAAGGAGGAAUGCGAUACAGCAGGCCAAGCAGAGGCACAAGUCUGGUAAGCGCCAAGUGUGUGACAACAUGACCGUUGCUUACUACUUCUGUGGAGAGCCUAUCCCAUACCGAACAUCAGUCAAAGGCCGUGUAGUGACUCUGGGCCAGUUUAAAGAGCUGCUUACCAAAAAGGGCCAUUACAGGUUCUACUUCAAGAAAGUGAGCGACGAGUUUGACUGUGGUGUGGUGUUUGAGGAGGUCCGUGACGAUGACGCCAUCUUGCCCAUCUUCGAGGAGAAGAUCAUCGGGAAGGUGGAGAAGGUUGACUGAAAUGUUUGGGAACAGGAAGAUGACAUGGAUCAUUUGAAAAAGAAAAGGAGAUGGGAAGAGAACUUUGGGAUUGGACCGAAUUCAGCUGUGGGAAAAUGUACGACAGAAAGUAGAAAGAUGGAAGGAGCGAUGUGUGACAGAAGGUAAUUGAGCUGCGUGGUAAAAGCUCAAGUAAUAAGGAAGUGGUUCAUUUUCACGGCAUAUCUGGAAAUCUGCAUCAUGCCUGGAUCAAACACACAUACUGCGAAGAAGAUCGGCCAGAUGAAACAGAAGCAAAGGAGAGGAACUUUAAUUAUUUCACCGUCUCGUCUCCACUGUGGAUAUAUGAGGAGCGCUGUUAAAAUCUGAUGUCUGUCCAGUCUUCCUCUACGAUGGAUGGAAAAGAGUGAGGGGGCUGCUGGGGGAGGAGAAAAGGAGUAAGUAGUCUUCCAUCUCUGCUCUGGAGGAGUCUGUCCUCCGCAGACCAUUUUGAUGCUGCUACAUUACCAUGGAAACUCUUCAAUCGGUGCUCGGGACAGUAAAUAAAGCGUUUUUUUUUUGUUGUUGUUGUUCCAUUCGGGAGUCUCGCUGCCUUUUGCUGUCUCUGUUCCUCAUCAGCGGGGGGAGGAGAGAAGAGGACAGAGGAUUUUGGGGGGAGUGGAACUUUAGCCUGCUUCUCCUCUUGUCGACGUCAUAGCCUCAAAGGAGAAACUUUUCUCACCGUGAUUCCUAGAUGUCAUGUAGUGAUCUCUGACACCGACAUGUUCUCACAACAGUUCUCCACACAACUUGUUUACCAAAGCUACAUAUUUUUGAUAAGGCAAGUACCCUAGCUACUUGUUUCAUUUUAUUUGAAUUGUCUAUGUACAAGGCAGGUACUAUUACUUAUUAAUGAAGCCUAAUUUCGUUGUAUCUCGACUUUAAUGUUGUAUUAUUGUGUAUGUUUUGAAGCUAGUUCAUUAGUCAUUUCAGGGCAGCAAUGUUUUGUUUUCUCCUCUUAAUAACAUAUCUUCACCUCAGUUCUGUACUGUUAACUUUGAGUGUGCAGUUUUGUUCUCCUAAGUGAUGGAUUUUAAUUACCGUAAAAUCCGGAAUACAAGUCGCACCAGUAUUGUAUGUAAGAAAAAGUCUGUUUUUGAGGGUCUCCCAGAGAGGAAAAUGGUUGAAACUGUCUCCUGCGUGGCGAUUUCUAUCGUGUUCAGCAAAGUCAUCAACGUGCCGUUCCUGUGCAGCUGAAGUUGGCAGUUGUUUUUGCUUUGUGGAGUUUCCACUUCUACGAGCUACAGUACGGUAGUUGAGCUACGGCGACAGUUGGACCCAAAGCCCAACAAUCAUGCUGCACAGCUCAGCUGGUCGCUCGUUGACGUUACUGGGAAUCUUUUCUAUCAAACCAGCGCUCCACAAAGUUUUUUUAUACUUAACAGUAAACCACUGUUUUCUUUUAAGUGCAUGACUUCAUGAGGGAGGAAAAAGGUUCAAAAGUGGGGCUGCCAGCCUGGUCUUCGAUGCCAUGUAUCCCAGCACAGCUUGCAGUACACAAUGUAUAGAGGGAAAUGUUCAAUAGCGUCAGGUGGCGUGCAAUGUUGAUGGUGGCGGCGGCACUCACUGUAAUGAUGGCACGUGUGUCAGCCUUUUAUACUGGUAUAUUGGUUCGCACCGGUAUAUAGGACAUAGCCAACUUUUUAAAUGAAAACAAUUGUUCUUAUAAAUGCGUCUUAUACACCGGAUUUUACAGUAAAACUUCAAAAAUUCUCAUGAAAAAUAAAAACACACUAAAAUGUGUGACACCUUUGACCACACUAUCUAUUGUUUCUAACAGCUCACACCUCAUUUGUUUGUGUAACUCCCAAGCUCAGUCUAGGUGCCUGCCUGUCCAGUGCCAUUACUAUCUAGAAAGCUUAUUCUGAAUCAUGGUAUGUGUGAGGGGG